CCGGUUGAGGAGAGCAUCGCUCCACUCGAUUCAACUUCGCGCAGUUCAGUUGAUUACACGGGUUCUCGACAGAUGGUCGCGGUUACGAUUCGCUCGUGGUCUCAAGCAGCGUGGAUGUGAAGAAAGGUGCCGGUUGUUUGUGCUCUUUUUCAAGCGCGCUCGUAGUGAAAAUUUAUGAUAUUUGGUGAAAUAAAGAAGUGAAGAAAACCGGGAAUUGCAUUGUAAAAAAGUGGAUUUGAUCGUAUAUUGUGGUUGCUUGGAUUUUCGACAGUUUUGUGACAAAAUAUAAAACAAGGCAGAUUUUUUCGCGCAUGCAGCUUAAUUGAUAUUAGAAGUGAUCGUAAAAGUUUAUGAUCUACUAGAGUACCAUAUAAGAAGGAAUGAAUGAAAUGAAAAUGACCAUGCACAACAAUAUUGCAUAGUGAUUAGUUAGUGCUACGAGACUCGUUCCGUGGCGUAAUUGGAGAGUGGAUACUAAAUCGAUGUCAACGCGGUGCUGCCUUCCAGUAGUAGUUGUCUUCCAGCUGCCAGCAAUUGACACGGCACUCUUGGAUACCUUGACACUGCAGAAAUUUCUGCAACCACCCAAGUGAUUCUGAUUACGUUUAUUUUUGGCGCAGAGGUGCAUACGAAAUCGGGUCAAUUACUUCCAGUCGCGCUGAUUCAAAAACUGAACCGGCCCAAACGUCUUUCGAUCAAGGUUGAUAAACGGAACAGAGAUGAAAUCGUUGCACGAAAUGGACACAGGAGGAUACAUCAACGAAGAUGAUGAAUUGGAGCCGGUUAUGGAAGAUGAAGGAGGACAACUGAAGACCAAAAACGGCCAAAAAUACAUCGUCAACAAUUCACGUCGCGGGAAGUACGUGCCAAGCUGGUGCUGGUACUUCACCUUAUUCCUAGUCAUCGCGCUGACACUGCUAACGAUCGUCCUAUUGGUUCUGUUGAUUAAUCAACCCCGAUUAUGUACUUACGAUAAAGAAGCUUCUAAUGGAAAUUCUUCCGCUAUCAAAACUGGAGCAAUCUUUAAUCCAGUGAGCGUCAAUGGGGGACAUGCGGUAUCGAAUGGUGUGCCAAAAAAAUGUUCCCACGAUCCUCGACUGAACACGCACCACGAUAGUUCGAUUGCACGCUCAAAGGGUGAUGACGGAACAGUUGAUGAAACCGAUGGCAUAUUUGCAGAGGAGGAAGACGAUCAGGACCUGAUUACGCGAAGUCACGGAUGGUCACCGGCCCACUACAAAUUAACUAUUGAGCCCAACUUUGAUCGAUCCAUCAACCUUGGAACUGUUGCGAUAACCAUAGUUCGUGAUUCUCCCGAAUCAGAUGACUUGCUUCCCAUCAUUUUGGACAUCAACCAAAUUACAAUUCAUUCUGCACAAGUGUUAGAUUCUGAUAAUCAAGACCUACCCUUUGACGCCCUUUACGGUAGAAAUAAUCAAUCCUAUGUGCUACGAAUCAAAGAACGUGGCGAACACAUUCAUAAUAUAACCGUCGUAUUGGACUUUGAAAGCCAGCUCAGUGAUACGUUGCAGGGCUUAUAUAAAGGGUCCUUCACCGAUGAGGAAAAUGGCGAAAAAAGUUGGUUUGCAAGUACCCAAUUUUCUCCCAUCGAUGCUCGACGAGCGUUCCCCUGCUUCGACAGUCCGGAUAUGAAGGCUACAUUUGAGGUAUCUCUGGUGCAUUCGGUCGAAAAGACAAUGUUUCUUUCCAAUACGGAGCACAUUAGGACUACCAUUUAUCGGCCGGGAUAUUUGAAGGAAGAUUUUGAAAUAACUCCAAAGAUGAGCACGUACCUAGUGGCAUUCAUUAUAUCUAAUUUGCAACUGGCGCAACGGUCCGAAGGAUUUACCCCACAGAUCAACAUUUGGAGCAGACCGGAAGUAGCUCGCAUGACGAAUUAUGUGCACAGACUGACAAUACGCAUUCUACCCUACUUGGAGAAUUACUUUGACCUCAAGUUCAACAUGAAAAAAAUCGAUAUGGUUGCCGUGCCAGACUUUGGAUUCAGUGCAAUGGAAAACUGGGGUUUGAUCACAUUCCGGGAGUCUGCCUUUCUGGUUCCCGAGGACAACAACAAAAGUUCUUCGGCCAAACAUAAGGAACGUGUUGCGUCAGUAGUGGCACAUGAGUUGGCUCAUCAGUGGUUUGGAAAUUUGGUAACUCCUCGUUGGUGGAACGACCUUUGGCUGAAGGAAGGCUUUGCCACAUACAUGAGCUACGAGUGUUUGAACUUUGCUGAGAAAAAGUGGCAUGUUUUUGAAACAUUUGUACAGAAUGAGCUCCAAAAAGCCUUUGAAAAAGACUCUGAUCGAAAUUCGCACCCGAUUUCGUUUCCAGUUAACCGCGGAUCAGAUAUUCGUCGUAUUUUUGAUCCCAUAUCCUACUCAAAAGGCGCGUCGAUAAUACGGAUGAUGAACAGUUUCCUGGGGCAAGAUGCCUUCAAGGCUGGAAUAACGGAGUAUUUGAAGAAAUACCAAUACGAAAACGCCGAACAGGAAGACUUGUGGGAGAUUUUAACCCAACAUGGGCAUGAAUUUGGCACUUUGCCUGCAGAGCUAGAUGUCAAGCAAAUCAUGGACACGUGGACAUUGCAGGCUGGAUAUCCAGUAGUCACUGUUCAGCGAUUAGGUGAUCAAUCGAUCAAAAUAUCCCAACAGCGCUAUAUGCUGCCUACUAAAAACGCGUCCGACGAAACCCGGUGGUAUAUUCCGAUAACCAUUGUCACGCAAUCUGUUCCCUCGCGCAAUUCUAUCCCGAAACAUUGGCUCAACUAUGAUAACCAAAGCAUUGAAGUAGAGAUUCAAGCAGAAGAGAAUGAUUUCGUUUAUUUGAACAUAGAUCGAACCGGUUACUACAGGGUAAACUACGAUUACGCGUCGUGGAAAAAACUGACCACCAAUUUCCCAAGUCUUCCGGCCUUAACCCGAUCGCAACUUGUUGACGACGCUUUCAAUCUUGCACGUGCCGAAUUCAUUGAAUAUGACAUACCUCUGACUUUGAUCCUGAUCGUGUCGCAAUUUCCGCAUGACGUUUCUUCUUGGGCAUCGCUCAGCAAAGGAUUGGAAUAUAUCAACGAUAUGAUGGCCCGCGAACCUGCUUAUGAAAGUUUCCUAGCGGUGAUGCGAUCAGUACUUAGAAAAUCUUUCGAAACAUACGGCUUCGAUGACCACGUGGACAACGAUCACCUACAAAUGAUGCAUCGCGAGAGGAUAGUUGGACUGGCAUGUCAGUUCGGAAUUGAUAAGUGCUCCGUUCGAGCGCAGACUUUGUUCAGGCGCUGGAUGACUGACUCCAAAGAUAACCAGAUUCCACCCAACCUGAAGCAGGUAAUCUACUGCACCUCGUUGCGAGAUGGCGGAGUGCCAGAGUGGAACUUUGCCUACAAACGAUACAAGGAAACAGACUCCGCAUCGGAAAAGGAGCUUAUACUAAACGCUUUGGGAUGUACGGUCAAGCCAUGGUUGCUGUCGAAAUACUUGAACAUGACAUUAGACUCAUCAUCGGGAAUUCUUAAACAGGACGGUGCAAGAGCCUUCCAGUCUGUAGCGAAGAACUAUGCAGGCAACGACAUCGCCUUCAACUUCCUGUAUGAGAACAUCGAACGAAUCGCCAAAUACUUCGGAGACGGAUUUUCCACUCUAAACAAGAUGAUAGAUUCCGUCACUUCGAUGAUGAAUCAAGAGCAUCACAAGGAACAAUUCGAUCGGUUUGCGAGAAAGGCACGAAAACUGGGCUUGCGAACCAUCGAAAAGAGUGUCUACUUGGCGGAGGAGCAAAUUGUCAAUAACAUCCACUGGCGAGCACGGUCCUACUACAAACUACAGGAGUUUCUGGAUAAAUUGAUCCAAGACUUGCAUAUGAAUAUGUACUAGCGAGGGCGAACAGCUUUUCCAUUCUAAACCAUAGUCAAAGUUCGAGCAGUUUUUGAAAAUUUGUUGAACGAUAUUUGUACAUAUUACCGAUAGGAGAAAAAAAUAAAUUUUACGAUACCUACUACUGAAUUAGCCUCGCAAGUUCGUGUGUGUAUAAGAAACCAAAUUUCUCAUAGGCGUUUAUAAGAUUUUACAACCGCGCGAUGGCUGCGUAUUUUAUAAUCCACAAAAAAGAGCAACGGAUUUUCUGGCUGUGUAUCUGUGUAAAUUUUAGUUACGCACCAAACGGCGAACAAAUGGUGCAGCACGUCAUUUGUUAGUUAAAUUUCAAUUGAACCACCUUCUAGGCGAUUUCGAUUAAGUCAUCAACAGUAUUUAUUAAAUUUACUAUCAUAAUAAUUUAUACGACAGUCUGGAUGAUACCAGGAUGAUGAGAAUAGUCUGCUAGCAUGCUAAGUUUCUCAAAGAAAUAGAUAUAACAAUAUUUGCCAUAUUUUUAUAGUGUCUAGGAUACAAUUAAUUGAAUAAAGAAAACGACCUUACGCGUUCAACAGAACAGUGAAGUGUUCUUAAAAUAUCUUGUCUAUUAGGAAAAAUAUGUGUCGAACAAACAUGCAGCAAAUGCGACUCCGAGAAAACAAUCUGCCAUUAUUGUUGAAAUAUUUACACAUCAUUCGAAGUUCCAAAUCACAUA